AUGUCACCCGCAAAUCAUCAAUACAUUAGCAACAUAGAUGACACAGAAUUACUAGAAUCGUUUGUGCUACCGCAGGGGAUCAAUUCGUUACCAGUUAAACGAAUAUACAACUCUAGAACACAAAGGCUUCGAGAGCUUGUCAAAUUAACUCAAGAUUUGCAAUGUUCAGCUAAUGAAAUCCUCCUUAAAGUAAAACUAGUUGGAAUAAAUUAUCAUCAAGAUUUCAAUAUAUCAAACCAAGUUGCCUCAAUUCCAAUUCCUUCAUCAAAUCAUCUUAUACCUACUCAUGCUCAUGCUAACAAUAAUCCCCAUUUUAUUCCUAAAUCCUCAUCAAUUGUACCGGGAUUUAGAAUUUUAGGCAAGAUCCAAGAACCCACUUUAACAACAAAAGCAUCAUCAUCAACAUCAGGUAAUAGUCAGAAAUAUAUUCUUUUCCCCUUCUCCAACUGUAUCCUACAGAAUGAAAGACAGUUAUGUCAUCAAUGUAAAUUCCUCAUUACUAAAGGUGGAUCUAUAUUGAAUUCACAAACUUAUUCCCUUCAUUCUCGUCAUCAAUGUCUAAAGAAUUUUGUCCAUGGAUAUACUAUAGAUGGAGGUUUACAGGAUUAUAUUAAAGUCAAAGAUCCAGAAAAUACUUUAGUUAAAGUUCCAUCUAAUGUGAGUCUUCAUGAUGCAUUAUUUGUGUUUGAUAUCAUGUUACCCUUUUACUCGUUUGUCAAAUAUCAUUUGAAUGUUCUAAUCUCGGGUAAAGUCUUGGUGAUACUUAAUGAUAUUACCAAGGAAUUGAAUGAUAUUUUAAUUAUUCUUUCUCAUUUCAAUGUUGACCAAGCUAAUGUUAGUAUUCUUGAUUCGAAAAUGAUAAAUUCAUAUAACGCCAAUGAAGAAACCAAUCAUCAUAAAUUUGAUCAGAUAUUCAUUUUCGACGAGCUGGUAACCAACAAUAAGAAGAAUGCUAAUACCAAUGCCAUUGUUAAUUUCCUUAAGCUGCAUUCACCAUCAAGUGGGUUGGAGUCUACAAAAUCUCGAUACAAUAUUGUGUUAUUCAAUAAUCAGUAUCAUGUUAGUACCACCUACCCCCAACAAAGUUUGAAUUAUUUGGUUAAUAAUAAUAACAAUGAUAAAACAUUUCACCAAUUCAAAUUGUCUUAUAAAGAUAAGAUUCAUCUUGAAGAAGUUUUAUUGAUAUUGUCAAAUUUAAAUACCACAUUUAAAAGUAGUAGUAAUCCCAAUUCAAUAGCAUCUCCAUCUUCAAUAAAGCCUAGAAUUUCAAUAGAUAGUAUAUCUUCAAGUAUAUCUUCGAAUUCUCAGUCUUCUGCAAAUUCGUUUGCAUCAUCAACCAUGUCAUUUCAUGAAUCACAUGCCCAUUUGAUUGAUAAGUCUUCAUCUUCAUCUUCAUCUCCUUCAGCUUCAUCUGCCCGAUCAUCUUCAACUCAACAUUGGAUCCAUUGUGAUUAUGAUUUUGAUCUCAUAAAGCAUGACGAUGUUGUUUCUGAUGAUGAAGAAAAUGCUGACUAUGAUGAUGAUGAUACUACCAUGCUUGGUAUUGAAGAAUUCAUAGGUAUACCCAAGAGAAGCUUGAUUAAGAAGAGCCAUAGUAUUAAAGAAAUGAAUAAGUUGAUUAGAACUACACCACCAAAUAGUUUAACAAGAGUAUGUUAUAAUGUCAAGAGUAACAAGCCAACCAAGUUGAAUGCAUUUGUUUUCUAA